GGUGUGGCCAGCGGCGGGGGCGGGCCCGUCCCCCGGCGGUGGGGCGCAGUGUGUCCCCGGCCGGCAGCAGCGCAGCCAUGGGGCGCAUCGAGUGGGCCAUGUGGGCCAACGAGCAGGCGCUGGCCUCCGGGCUCAUUCUAGUGACGGGAGGGACUGUAGCGGUCGCUGCUCGGUUCAAAGGGUGGCAGUUUGCUGCCUACGCCAUAGUGGCCGGGGUCUUCGUCUGCUUGCUGGAGUACCCCCGGGGGAAGCGGAAAAAGGGCUCCACCAUGGAGAGAUGUGGCCAGAAGUACCUGACAGCCGUGGUGAAGGUUUUUGGGCCGGUCACUAGGAAUUACUACGUCCGGGCCAUCCUACAUGCUGCUCUUGCAGUGCCGGCGGGUUUCCUGUUAUCCACUAUUCUGGGCACGGCGUGUUUGGGCAUAGCAAGUGCCAUCUAUUUAUUGGCUGCGAUCCGCGGCGAGGAGUGGAACCCCAUCGAGCAGAAGCCCCAGGAGCGGCCGCAGGCGGGAGGAGGCACCAUCAAGCAGCCCCCCACCAUGCCCCCGCCGCGGCCGCCCCCAGAAACGCGCAAGAAGCAGCCUGCAGAGGAGGCCGGCCAGGAAAAUCCCAUCCCGGUCGCCAUUGAGGUCGGGGGAGUCGGGCGCUGAGCAAGCUCUGUCUGCAGCCGGGUGCCCCCACUGCCAGCUCCGUAGCCUGUUGCCCCCUUCACCGAUGCUCCCUCCCGGGGUCCAGCCUGCUCCCCAUCCCCCUGGACAGCCAGUUCCCCCCCCUCCCAGCUCUAGAGCCCCAUCACCCCUUCACACUAGAGCCCGCUCAGGACCCCCCGGUGUCACAGAGCCCGGCAGCCUCGGUGUUCCUUUGCACGGUGGAGGGCUGUGGGGCCCACUCUGCCCAUGUGGGGGUGGGGGGGCAGCUGUCUCCUGCUGGGCCCCUCCCCUGUAUGGGUGCGGGGUUGUGCUGAAGGGCAGCACUUCAGUGGAUUGUCUCCUUUUGAUACUGUAAUAAAACGAGUGACGCGA